AGUCCUGAUGAUUUUAUAUCUUCGUAUGGAAUAUCAAUUUGAAUCAUUGGCAUGUGAAUUGGAUUCUUUCUUGACAUCUCCAGCCUUGCACCGGCACGUCACUGUCCGACACCAUGAAAGCGGGGCCAAUCACCAGCUGAUGCCAUCCAUCAAUCAAUCACCUGGAGAGAAGCUCCGACUUCCGCUCACACGACCACCACGUUCGUUAUAUCACCAAUACCACCUAGUAUCCAUGGUUGCCAUGAGUGUGGCUUUUUCAAAUUCAAGACCCAGCUGAUCGAGGUCUUCGUGUUGCUUAAGACGCCGUCAGACAGCACCAACGUACCUGAACUGCUAUCGUAGCUUUGAUAUGCCUUCCGCCGAUCCGCCUCCGCCAGCCGGGCUGGCCGACCUCCAUACAUGCUUGGGGGAUAUGCAGAGGAAAGAUCAUACGUUACAAGCCGCGAUCGACGAAGUCCAAGUCCUCAUAGAUAUGGUGGAGAAUGCCAAACGAACCAUUACUGCUGAUCCCUCAAACGCUGCCACAACCCUCGUCAAACUACAAUCGUUAUCGAAGCAAUCCCUCGACAAGCUCUACAGCAAUGUUCCCAAAAAACCACAUGCUCUGCGAGGCAUGCACAACGCCCUGGGAGCGUAUGAGAAGGCCUUAAACAAGAGAUUCAAAGAUAAACCCUUUCCCAGUGCCUCAAACGAUGUAGUCUCUUCACAACCGCACUUACUCAACCGGGCCAUAGCUAUGCACCUCCUCCGCGAAGGCCAGUUCAACGUGGCGAACACCUUUAUACUCGAAGCGAAGUCGAAAUCCCCCCAUCUAAACGAUCUCCCAGACAUAAGCGCCGCCGGUGCCUCCCUGUUAAGUUCCCACUCGUUAUUCAGCAGUCAAGAAGACGACACCGACGCCAUGGACGAGGACCCAGCCGCCGCGGAGCUCGCCCCCACCUCCCUCCAACAAGAAUUUGCCGCCAUGCAUCACAUCCUCCACGACCUCCGCAUCAACCACAACCUCCUCCCCGCCAUCGACUGGGCCCGCCGCAACAGCCACGUCCUCGAAACCCGCGGCAGCAACCUCGAAUUCGAGCUCUGCCGCCUCGAAUUCAUCCGCCAAUUCGUCGAUUCCGCGCAAGAGCACGGCGACCACACCCUCCCGCUCCGCGCCUGGGCGUACGCCCGCUCCGAGCUCGCCUCCUUCGCCGGCCGCUACGCGCGGGAAAUCCACCAGCUCUCCGCGGCGCUGGCGUUCUGGCCAAAUAUAGCCACGAGUCCGUACCGGCACCUCUUCGACGCCGCGAGUGCGUGGGAGGAGGUGGCGGGGUCGUUCACGCGGGAGUUCUGUUCGCUGCUGGAGCUGAGCGCGGACAGUCCGCUGUACGUCGCGGCGACGGCGGGGGCGGUGGCGUUGCCGCCGUUGAUGCGGGUGCAGAAGAUCCUAGCGAACCGGAAGGCGGAGUGGACGAGUCGGGAGGAGUUGCCGGUUGAGAUCCCCCUUCCUCCUGCAUACCAUUUCCACUCCGUCUUCGUCUGCCCCGUCUCCAAAGAGCAGUCCACCGACUCGAACCCACCCAUGCUGCUCCCGUGCGGCCACGUCAUCGCCAAAGAGUCCCUGGAGAAGAUCAGCAAAGGCACGCGGUUCAAGUGCCCUUACUGCCCGAUGGAGUGUCACCCGCGGGACGCGAAGAAGGUGUACGUCUAGUUUGUAGAUAGGGGGUGACUGAGGCGGCAUUGCACGGCGUAUAGGCGGGUACGGAUAUCUGGGAAUGCGUAGGUGUUGGGGGAUUUUCUUUUAUUACGAUACUAGCAAUGCCACUCGCUUUAUUCUCUUCUCUUAAUCUUCUACUGUGUCUGAAUGAGGCUUGAUAUGUCGGUGACCGUGCUUAGCUGUAUUGAAGCUGCAAACUGUGGUAUUAGCCAGACAGCUAUGCUGUUUCUCAACCAACGUCGGGAUUUAUCAAUAAAUAUCAUACUUACAGUAGCCAGUC